GAGGCGGUACCGCGUCGCGGGCCUUGUAGCCAUUUUAGGAGGAAACCCGGUUCGCCGGCUUGGGGCGCGGCUUCAAUUUCAAUAACUUUAUUAGUCUCCUUGUACGCCGAACAGCCGGCGUGCGUGUAGCCACGCGAACCCAGAGCGCAUCGCCGGAGGUUGCCCCCGACUCGAGCUGCAGCCAUGGGAAACACCACCAGCGAGCGGGUGUCCGGGGAGCGCCACGGUGCCAAGGCUGCUCGAGCUGAGGGCGGCGGCCAUGGCCCGGGAAAGGAGCACAAGAUCAUGGUGGGGAGCACCGACGACCCCAGCGUCUUCAGCCUCCCCGACUCCAAGCUCCCCGGGGACAAAGAGUUUGUACCCUGGCAGCAGGACUUGGAUGACUCUGUGAAGCCCACCCAGCAGGCCCGGCCCACUGUUAUCCGCUGGUCUGAAGGAGGCAAGGAGGUCUUCAUUUCUGGGUCCUUCAACAAUUGGAGCGCCAAGAUCCCUCUGAUUAAGAGUCAUAAUGACUUUGUUGCCAUCCUGGAUCUUCCAGAGGGAGAGCACCAGUACAAGUUCUUUGUGGACGGACAGUGGGUUCAUGAUCCAUCAGAGCCCGUGGUUACCAGUCAGCUUGGCACAAUUAAUAAUUUGAUCCAUGUCAAGAAAUCUGAUUUUGAAGUAUUUGAUGCUUUAAAGCUAGAUUCUAUGGAAAGCUCUGAGACAUCAUGUCGAGACCUGUCCAGCUCACCCCCAGGGCCUUAUGGUCAAGAAAUGUAUGUGUUUCGAUCUGAGGAGAGAUUCAAAUCCCCACCCAUCCUGCCCCCUCACCUACUCCAAGUCAUUCUUAACAAGGACACUAACAUUUCUUGUGACCCAGCCUUACUUCCCGAGCCCAAUCAUGUUAUGCUGAACCAUCUCUAUGCACUGUCCAUUAAGGACAGUGUGAUGGUCCUUAGCGCAACCCAUCGCUACAAGAAGAAGUAUGUCACCACGCUGCUGUAUAAGCCCAUCUGAAGAAGGCAUUACUCGUUGCCUCCAAGGAUUCUGGAGAAGCGUCUCCCUUGCCUUUGAACUGAGCUGGCCCCCGAGGCCGGCAGGCUGACUUGUUUGGAGGCUCAUGUGUGUGUCAGAGCCUCUGAUAGGGUGCUCUGCUUUGCAUUUGAUUGCAGAUGAGAGCUUUAUGAGUUCGUGGAGUUUAUUUUAAGAAACACAAAACCAUAUAUAUGCAUAUGAGACAGAGGUGACUGGAAGCCUCCUGGCCCAGCUGGACGAGUUCUCUCUGCCUGUGGGUAGUCCCCAGGGCCUGACUGGGAAGCUGUGGCUGCAGGAAUGGGUAUACCAGAAGCUUCUUUUUCUAAAGUGAAAGAAUAGCAAACUCUUAGGAUCCUUGUUGGGCAGAGGUUUGGACCACUGAUAUCCAAGGGUCAGGUGUGUGCCAGGCUGCUGCCCUAUUAAGAGCUGCCUCAUUGCAGGGUGGCUUUCCUUGCAUGGAUUGAUUCUGUAUUCCCACACUAUGUGACACAAUCUACUGUGUUUUUAUAUGACACUAGAUGCCCCCCACAAGAACCCUCCUUAUUUAUGCACCCCAUUUAAUAGCUUCCCUCAGAUCUCAUACAUGACCCAGUAAUGCAGAACUCACUGGGUGAGGAACCCUUUUGAAAAGGUUGUGGGAUUAGACUCUCCUUAGAGACUGGAGGGGCCAGCGUCUCCUUUUUAGUUCAGCGAAGGCUUAAUCCAGUGUGUUACAAUUUAUUUUAACGUCCAGAGAAAAAGAAAUGCAGAUCUUUGUGUUUCAGUUUGGUCCUGUAUAUUGGCUGUAUUGGCCUGUUUCCGGUUUUUCUUUAUCAGAGCAUUUGGUUAGUAGAUAGGCUUGGAAUUAGGGAAACCUUCCAUAUCUUUCAUCCCUGAAAGAUUUUUUUUAUGUGCCUACAUUUUUCUUUAAUUAAAAAAAAAAAAAGCAUAUUCAUCCAUUUUAACAGGCUAUUAAAGAACCUCAGGCUUUUGACAAGUGGUUCUUAAGAUUUUCUUCUCUGGUCUAGAGAAUUCUACAGUCUUGGGUUAAUGUGGCCAGCCAUGUGUACCUUGCUACCCAAGCACAACUCUAGACACAGGUUCAUGCAGACUGGAUGCUCAUGCUAGGUUUCCCUACCUUUAAAGAUGUGUAAGGCAAGGAACUACCCCUGGUAUUCCUAACCAUGCACAGUAUUGCUCUUUGCAAUAUUAACCAUAUAUUAACAAAGGUUUUUUGUUUUUUUUUUUUUUUUUUGCCUCUUCCCUUUAAAUGUGUUUGAUGAUGGAAUGGGGUCAUUAACUGCUAACUGAGAAGUAUUCCAGCCUACUCAGGAUUCAAAGAAAAUAUGUUUCCAAGUAUCUUGACACUUCCAUUUUACAGAUAAAUAUAAGUCAGACAUCAGGCACUGUUUGUGGUUGAGAGACUUCUGUCUCCUGAGAUUAGCCAGCCACAUUAGAAGGGACCUGCUGGUCAGUUUAGCUACCUCCUGGCUCUCCCACACGUGGGCAGCACAGCAGUCCUCUGCACACCUUUGGGACCUCUGAUCACAAGCGUGAAUAGGAAGAUGGGGAGAUUUCUGUUUCGCAGGAAGUACAGAUUGCUCAGUGCCUUGGUACAUGAGCCCUGGGAGAUGUCGCUUCAGCCAUCCCAAGCCACCUCCCUCAGCUGAGACUGUGGAGAACCCCUGUGGUCCAGUCAGCUCUCUGAAUAGUGUGCCACUUUGAAAACCAAGGUCUCGUCUUGGUUUUUAAUCAACUCUUAAGACUCUUCAGUUCCACGGGAAGGUUUAUUUGUUUAUUUUUUCUGUUUUUCAUCAGUGCUGAUUUAGAAGUGGGCCACCUAAGAGGAUUCAAAAGUCUUGAUUGUUUCCCAGUGGGAUUGUUAUAUCUACCCUUCCUGUUAGCAGUGUGAUCUGGGAUUGUCUGUGUUUGUGUAUUAAGUUUUUAUUGUAGCAGUAGCAGGGUAGGGGAAGCUGAUGCUUCUCCGUCAGGUGAGGCUCUGGUGAUAGAGGGGUUGAUGCUGGGGGCCUUCAUAUCCUCAUCUGGAAAUGAAGGAGACAGAAGGGCUGGCUGAUGACUCACCAGCACUGUCCCUGUCCUGGCCCCUGACCCCGGGGAGCUCUGCCCCUGUUACCAGGAAACACUUGUGAAGGGACAGAAGAGGGCACUGCUUUUUUUUUUUAGUUACUUUAAGGGACAGUUUGUUUUCUACAAUAAAAAGUUGGGCAGAAUUCAGAAAUAAAUCAAGGCAAAACUAUUUCUUUUUUUUUUUUGUCCUGCCUAUGGGGAUUUUGCAGGGUCAGUUGGUAGAGUCAAACAGCCCUUAAGGAGGGCUAAGGUAAACACCUGUAGUGUAGAUCAAUGGCUGUGAGGAAGGGAAAGCAGUGAGGACCCCAAGGGCGGCAGCAGGAACUGAAGGGUCAGGUAGCUUGGCACUGGAAAUGCCCUCCUGAAGAGUUCAAGCAGACACAACCUGGAUCAGGUUUGACUGUACAAACAGCUUCGCAGCCCAGAAACUGUCCUCUGUCCUCUUGCCCUGUUUUCUCCCUUUCCUCUGCAUUCUGUCUGACUGCUUAUCAGUAAGACAGGUUCACCAGGGUCUCAAGGCGAAUGUGACCUAGACAGUGUGAAGAGCUUUCCCUCCGUGGUUAUUAGCUUCCUGUCAACCUAGACCUGAGUAGGAAUCAGCCACUGUUAGCCACACCUCUGAAGGGCACAGCUGGCUUCUUCAAGAGCCCUGGCCUCUUGGGUCUGAAGUCCAAAGGAAGAAUCCCUGUUUCUGAGAGAAACCUUGACCCACCCGUUCCUCUUGGUUUUGGUUUCUUGUAGAUCUAACGGAUCUUACAUAAACCUUUUGAAAAGUGUCACUAUUGCAUGCAUACUGCUAAAGUGAUGUGACGUGAAAGUGGGAACAGGGCUUUUAAAUGUUUGACCUCAAAACAAUAUGCAAUAGUCCCUGUGUGUGUGGGUGUGUAUGUGCACAUGUGCACAUGUGUGUAUGUGAUAUUCACUCUGUUCUCAGAGGUACUUUGUCCUCAUAUUCUUGUGAUUUGAGGCUUAAGAUCAGAUAAAUAUUCUGUUUGUGUGUCAUGACUAAUCCGCAAAGCCAAGUCCUUGCUGUCUUCUGUCGGCUGCAGACUCCAGUUACUCAUGAAUAAGAC